UUAUGCUAACUUGUACAAAAGUCAUUGCUACCUUUGUGUGAGGUCACAAUGCUCACAAGAAAAUGUGAAACUUGAUGUGAUAAACCCACAUAGCACCAACAGGAAGUUACAGUGAUGGGUUAGCGUCCAUCUCUACAGUUUCCUGAGUGGUGCUGUGAAAAUCUUAUGCCUUUAACAUGAAAAUGAAGACACUGUGUCUGAUUUUACUUAUUCAUGCAAGUCUUCAACUCAAGUGUGAUAAAACAAAAAUCACAGCAUAUGUUGGAGGUGAAUUCAGUCUUAUUUGCACAUUUGACACAAACCGAUUCUUAUUCAGUCGAAAAUACUGGUGCAGAGGAGAUGCCAGAAAUACCUGUGAAAUUUUGGUUCAUUCCGAAAGUGCAACCAAGAAUGCACAGAAGUAUUACAUACUAGAUGCGGGAAGACGAGGUCUGUUUGUGAAAGGUACAGGUCUACAGCUCAAAGACGGCGGAACAUACUGGGUUGGCAUUGACAAAAUAUAUGCUGAUGUCAUGACCUCGGUUAAAGUUGUUGUCACAGAAGUUCCAGUUUCCAAACCCAGACUUCAGCCCUUGACUUCUCUGGGGGGGAGGCCGACAUGCUGGGGCCAACCACUGACUGUACGCUGUGGCUCUGCAAAGGGUACCAACAUUCGAUAUGCCUGGUAUCAACAAAGCCACCCAAAAAACAACCUGCUCUACCAGUCAUCAGACUUGAGACUUCACUGUGGCACGACAGAAAAAGACAGAAGUUAUUACUGCGUUGCCAGUAACGACGUAAACCACCAAGAAAGUGAUAUCCUUUUUGUACAGGUUCUGUUACCUGCACAAAGCAGCUGCAUCUACUCUGUUAAUAUACCAGAUCAGCCUGUUUAUGACUGCGCGGACAGAUUUACCACCAGCACCGACAGAUGGACCACCACCACGGCCACAACUCCAGAACUAACCACUGACUCCCACAAUGCAACUGAAAACCAGUGUUUACAUACUAAUCAAACCAAUGUAGACUGGCUUUACAGCAGGAAAUGGACAGGGCUGCCACUUUGGUACAGUUUCCUGCGUUGGGGUUGCUUUUUGUUCUUGCUGGUUAUUUUGUGUUCGUUACUAAAAUAUGCCAAAGCAAAACACAAGGUCAAACAUGCAAAGAGGCAGAGAAAAGUUCGUUUCAGACAUUUGGCUCAAUAACUUGAUAUGCACAAGGGCAGUGCCUUGGAAGUCAUAUUCAAUCCAGUGCUGUAAUAAUUGUUUUAUGGUCUGCCAAAGUCCUAUGACGCCAUGCAACAAUUUAGGAAAAGUACGUCAUCAUUUAUAUCGGUAUGUUUGUCUGUUUGACUCAUUUAAAGGAUGUUUUGCCGUGUCACUAUUAAUACACGAUAGUCAUUCUUUGACUCUUAUGUGCUUCACCGGGGCUUCAAAUUAAGGACAUUUAAAGCAGCUAAACCACAUUUAUAUCGCUAGCUAUAAAUGCAGACCAUAACCACAGGCUCUUCACAAGGAAAAACCCAGACAGACGACCUUCUUUCUAGUAUGCUGAAAUGAAACCUUUGUAGUAAUGACCUCCUGACCAUAAAACAUAAACAUGUAUGUGAUAUGAAGCUAAACUGUACUGAUAUAAGCUUAAAUAAAGUGGGAUGUCAUUUCUCUGUGUGGAUGUAAGGAAAUUACGAAACUUAAAAUGAAUGAUACAGGCCCAUCAUGUGCCAUAAAACCAACAGAUUAAAGACAUGUAAGUACCUCACCCAGGAACUGGGAAACCAAUGCCUUGGUCACACAAUGAAUCAACAGGGUGGUGUUUAUUGCCUUGUAAAUAUGAUGCAAUUAAAAUCAAAAAUUAAAAAAAUGUUUCCAGAAGCACUGUCUGUGUACCACAAUAUCAGCUCCACCUUUAAAAUGUAGAAUACAGGGGAAACAUUCUCAAACCAAUGAUUUGAAUGUGCGUGUGAUCUGUUGACUACACUGUUAACUCUAAACAGCCGUCAAUGAC